AAUAAUUACUGUAAAAUGGAUAAUAUUUCUUUUUCAUAUGAUAAGAUAUCGGGAGACGAUAAGAGUUUAAGUUUGUUACAAGAAUCUAAUCUCAUUAAUGAAGAAAAGUGGAUAUGUGCAGAAUCAUACGAGGAAAUACUCGCUUUAAUUCAAAACUAUGAAACAGAAACUGUGUCAAAGUUUUCAUGCUAUUCUGCUGACAAAAACUUUGGUAAUAUAGAAGCUUCUGUCAAACACCACAAAAUAAGAUGGGAGGACGACUCUGUACCUUUUAAUGGUGUUCCAUUCGUGAUUGUAGGAAGUAAAGUCUUUGACUGUAUGCAUGGAAGAGAUAGAAAAGUAUCUUUUAAAGAAGAAUAUAAAAUGCGUUGCAAUGAUAGAAAGGUAUCUGAUCACAGUUACUUUAAAAGCUAUGAAAUGAUCCAGGACACAAAGAAAUUUAAUUGUAUUCACAAAUAAAGAUCAAAGAAGUUUUAAAAUUUCCAGAUUUUAAGGUUUUA